UAAGUGUAGAAAGUAACACGUGCCCAGUCGAUCAUUUAGUUCAACACAGUCGUCCGCGAGUGUCAUCUACAAUAGUCCAGACUUGUUUCAAUAUGGAGGAACUGAAAAACUCGUUUUGCGGUACCUGGAACCAUGCCCGGGACGAAAAUUUCAGAGAAUCAAUGGAAGCUAGCAAAAUGGCAAAAGAAGACAUAGAUUUUAUAACGUCCACGAAACCGACGAUGACAAUAAAGGUUGAAGGAAACAAGGUUGUCCACUCUACGGAACUGAUGAAAGGCGUAGUUGAUGACGUCACUUAUGAGCUAGACAAGGAGUUUGAAGCAAAAGAUAAGAAAUCACCAGAGAAUCCCUUGUACCAUAAUAAGGUUCUAUGCACCUUUAAAGACGGAAAACUUACAUACGAGAGCAGAUCUCAGCUCACUGGUCCUAGGAAGUUCGACAACGUCACUGUUAUAUACAUUAAGGAUGGUGAACUUGUUUCGGAAACAAGCCCGAUGGAUGACCGCAGCAUUGUCGGUAAAAGAUUCUACAAAAAAGCAUGAAGAAAAAUUAUCGAAAUUCUCAGGAUUUUAAGGCAGAAUUCAGCAGUUAUAUUAUUUUGUUAAUCUAUGAAUCUAUUAAUUUUAACUGAGAUGAGUACGUUAAUUUGUGAUAAUAGAAGAAUGUGUUCUCUCCAAAUUAUAAUACCAACAUUUGAAUUUAUGAUAAUUAUCUUAAAUUAUUUAUAUAUCCUUAAUUGCUGGUGUUGUUAACAACUGCUUUAUCAUAAGGUAAAUCAUCCAUAUCAAUUGAUCUAUAUUUCGUCGAGUUGCCGUAA